GAGUUACUUGUUUGGCCACCUUCUUCGAUUUCACCAGGAGUUCCCCGGACGUCUCAGCGUAGCAGCUUGCCGCUGCCAGGUGCAGCUCCAGUCAUGACAGAAUGUGCACCACGCUAUCAAGCGCAGCAGUGCUUCGGCGGAUGGACAUCAGGCAAACGGAGAAAAAGAGCUAGGACACAGCUGCAUAACAAUUUCAACAAGGACAUUAUACUACUCCCCGAUCCAUCAUGGGGAAUAGUGUGCAAACAAGGUGCAAAACUACGGCUACACAAACAUGGCCACAUCCUCAGUGCCUUUGAAUUCCAGAAGGCCUGGGACCACCAGACUGUAGUAGAACGCAUCAGGGAUGGCUUUGGUGAGCACAUUCCGGAGGAUGUCAGCAUCCAGUUACUAAUGGCUUGUGGCAAUAAACUGGUCGCCCCUAAGAUCCAGGAGGGUCAGGAGCUGAAUGGGAUGUUAAUCCAUAAGGCUUAUAGAACCAAAGCCCUGUAUGUGAGACCAUCAAGGAACCUUUUAACUGACUCGGAUGAAGAAAAUGAACUCUCCCACGUCACUACCUCACCAACGUCAAGCAUGCGUGCAAAUGCUGAGGACAGUGAGGAUGAUGUUCCUGUAGUUGUUGGUCCGCAAAUCCACACAGGCAUGCACAGCCAUGGCACCACAAGGGCUGGUACAAGUUUCAGCAGUCAUGCAAAUAGCCAUAGAGAUUCCAACCCCACCAGCACUGAUUUUGAAAACAGCUCUGGCCCAAAUCACGCCGCAAGCAGUGCUGUGAUGAGACCCAGAGCAAUGGAAGGGAGUGAUGGCAACCGUGGCAGUAGUGGUCUUGAUGAAGACUACUCUUCAUAUUUAUCACUCGUGGCUACCUUUCCUGACGACUCUUCAGAUGAUGAAGAUUUAAACCAGGCAAUAAUUGCCAGUAUGGCCAGUCAAAUUGCAGAAAAGGUCCCGGUUGAGGAGAUACUGCUGGAACUGUCGAGCAAAAUUAGCUCAACACAGCGGUGUAAAUUUAAUAUAAAUCGCUCUGCUGUCUGGGAGGGAGCCAUACGGGGCUUCCAAAGGGUAUCUUAUGACCCCAACUUCAUGAUCUUUGUCAAGUUCUCAGAUGAUAUGGGGAAGUUUGAGGAAGGGAUUGAUUUAGGAGGGCCAAGGAGGGAAUUCUUCAUGCUGCUCAUGGAGACCAUUACCAGGUCACGCAUGUUUGAGGGAAAAGAGAACAGCAAGAACUUGGCUCUAGACAGUACUGCUCUAAGAGAGGACUGGUACUACACAGCUGGCAGAGCCAUUGCAGUAAGCUUGGUACAUGGCGGUCCACCACCAAACUUCCUCUCACCAACACUUUUCUCUCAGCUGGUUGAUGGUUCAGCAAAUCCUGUCCUGGAAGACAUAGCUGACAUGGAAGUCUUGGAAAAAGCCAAAAAAGUAUCUGAAAGUACAACCCUUGAGGACCUUGAGGAGUCUAUGGCACCUAUGCUUGACUACUUGGCCAAUGCAGGAUGUCUGAGGCCUAUGCGGUCCAUAAGAGACAGGGAUCUGCUAGUAGAGGACAUUGUCAUGUUUCAGGUCGUCCAUAGGGUGCAAGGUCCAUUUCAAAGAUUCUGUGAAGGCCUCAAAACACUUGGGGUUCUGGAGAAAAUUAGAGAGCAUCCAGACAGCUUUCGCCCCCUGUUCUGCUUUCAGCCAAACAUACUGACUGCCGACCAGGUGGAAGACCUUUUUACCAUUCAUCUGUCUCCGAAAGGGAGCAACAACAGAAUUGCUGAGGAGAGAGUUGUUGCCUUCUGGAGAGACUAUCUCCAGGAUGCAGAAGAAGAAGAAGGGCCAUCCAAACUACAGAAGAUAUUGGCCUUUGCAACUGGAGCGUCUGUGGUACCACCUAUUGGCUUUUCUCCAGCUCCCUCUGUCCAGUUCAUUCACAAAGAAGAUGACAACUUCUCCUCUACACCAAUGUUCCCGAUGAGCAACACAUGUGUUAACUGCAUCAAGUUGCCACUACAUGUGUCAUAUCAUCUGUUUAAGGAGAAGUUUGACUUUGCACUAGGAAACGCAUAUGGGUUUGGCAGGGCAUGAAUGUCCGUCAGUGUGUCUUUGAAAAAAGUUUUUAGUUCCAUUUCUGAAGAUGAUAUUGCCAUUUGUGACCAUUUUUUUUGAGUGAGCAUCAUCUCAUGUUGCAUUUUAUGUUCCAGUUUUAAAACCAGUUGAAAAAACGUUGACCUUUAUUUAACAUGUCUCGUUAUAUAGUUUCAUGGUAGGCCUACUGUUCAACAAAGUAACAGCCUAGUUGUGCAGCCUAGUUACAUUGUGCUGCCAGCAUUAACUUCAUAAUAUUAAUUAAUGGAACAAAUUUAGAAGUGAGGAAAAAACAUUUAUCUCAUGGUUCCCAUCAUUUUCAAGUGGAUUCACCUGUUGAAUAAAGUUCAUUGUGGUCUCAUUAAUGGUUACGUCAUUGUCUGGAAUAAUUACAUUAUUGUUGGUUUGAAGUUCAGGCAAUGGCCCUUCUUCAUCAAUACCAUAAUGGUUAUCAACAUCAAAGAUGUCAUUUACAACUGGAUGAAUUCCUACGCUGUUUAUGACCCCAGUGUUGGAUGUUAAGGCGUCUUAUUUUUUGAAACGCGACCAAUUUAAGGUCUUCACUCUACAUGGAUAGUAGGGUCACAAGUUGAUUGAUUUGGCUGCCUUUCGUGUUUUCAGGAAGAAUUUAUAGUUUUUCUACUACUGCAGAGAAUUUCUCUGUGGGUCUACGGCACAACGGAAUGGAAUCCGACCGUACUAUUAUUUUCCCCCACAGUGGUAUGAGUCCGAAUCCCGUAAUGUAUCAUAUUUUAAGCAAUCAUUUUCCAUUUAUUUCGGCUUAAAACGGUUCUGCGUGACAAGUUCCUUCCAACUGGUUUCACCAGUUGUUACGAGAUCUUUUCAGUUGUUCGAGUGAAGAUGUUUCAGUUGUGUAUGUAAAAGCUUUCACUUGUGUAUGUGUGAGGUUUUCAGUAUAGUAUGUGAAUGGUUUCAUGUGUGUGUGUGAGAGGACAUUUCAGUGUAAACGGAAGGCAUUUCAGUGUAAACGGAAGGCGUUUCAGUGAAAACGGAAGGCGUUUCAGUGAAAACGGAAGACAUUUCGGUGAAAACGGAAGACGUUUCAGUUGAAACGGAAGGUGGUUGAAAAGAAAAAGCGCGUAAUUCAGACAAA